CUCCUGGCUGGAAAGCUGAUACUGUUUGAAUCUUCUUGCAAGACAAGUGAAAUAUGAUUAGAAGCACAGGUGCAAUUUUACCUUGCAUUUAGCUUCACAAAGUGUACAGCAGGGCAUGGCGUGUGUCUAGAGCUAUGCAGGCUUCUUCUGCAAUGAGGAUCUGCUUCGCUGAACACUUUCUGGUGUUAACCCUUUGGCUGCUGCCUUCACAAGGUUAUUCUGGGGCUUAGAAAGUUGUCUGGAAGUACUGGAGGUUACAGCACCACGGUGGCUUUCUAGAAGAUGACCAUAGAGGAUCUCCCAGAACCUUCCCAAGAAGGAGAUUCAUUGAUUGAAAGAUAUCAGUUUUUAUUCCCAGGCUCUGAAACAUCAGUUACUUUUUCAGUUGCAGCAGCACCAAUGCCUUCAGACUGUGAGUUCUCCUUCUUCGAUCCUAAUGAUGCAGCAUGCCAAGAAAUUCUUUUCAACCCUAAAACAUCAGUCUCUGAAUUGUUCGCCAUCUUACGGCAAUGGGUCCCACAGGUCCAGCAGAAUAUCGAUAUAAUUGGAAAUGAGAUCAUUAAGAGAGGCUGCAGUGUGAAUGAUAGAGAUGGACUGACUGAUAUGACUCUCUUACAUUACACCUGCAAGUCAGGGGCUCAUGGUAUUGGUGAUGUUGAGACUGCUGCCAAAUUCGCCUCUCACCUUAUUGAUCUGGGUGCAGAUACCAGUUUGCGUAGUCGCUGGACAAAUAUGAAUGCCUUGCAUUAUGCUGCCUACUUUGAUGUUCCAGAACUUAUUAGAGUUAUUUUGAAAAAUGCAAAGCCCAAAGAUGUGGAUGCCACCUGCAGUGACUUUGAUUUUGGAACAGCUUUGCAUAUUGCUGCGUUUAACUUGUGUACUGCAGCAGUGAAGUGUUUACUGGAACAUGGAGCGAAUCCUGCCUUUAGGAAUGACAAAGGACAGAUUCCAGCAGACGUGGUUCCUGAUCCAGUAGAUAUGCCAUUGGAGAUGGCAGAUGCUGCAGCAAGUGCAAAAGAAAUCAAGCAGAUGCUGUUGGAUGCAGUGCCUCUGUCAUGUGACAUCUCAAAGGCCAUGCUUCCAAACUAUGAUCAUGUCACUGGCAAGGCCAUGCUUAUGUCACUUGGCUUGAAACUGGGAGAUCGUGUUGUUAUAGCAGGACAAAAGGUUGGUACAUUAAGAUUUUGUGGCACAACAGAAUUUGCCAGCGGGCAAUGGGCUGGUGUAGAGCUGGAUGAACCAGAAGGAAAGAAUGACGGAAGUGUUGGAAAAGUCCAGUACUUCAAGUGUGCACCAAGAUGUGGUAUCUUUGCACCUCUUUCUAAAAUAAGUAAGGCUUCAGAUCACAAGAAGAAUUUUGUCAGAAGUCCUUCCACACGAUCUACUUUGGUCAAGUCCAAGAAAAUUGAUGUAACGCACAUAACUUCAAAAGUGAAUACUGGCUUAGCUACGUCAAAAAAAGAUAGUAGUUCUGAAUCCACCUUUUUGGCUACUGAAGAAGGAAUGAAAAUUAUGCCUGGUAAAGAAGUUGCUUUCCUGGGAUCCAGCAGUUCUUCCUCUUCCACUACCUCUUUAGAGAGCAAACCGAAUCAGCCCAAGAAAUGGAACUCAACUAACAGCACUAAAAAUGCAGUGCCUAAAGUAGCUUCUACCUCAUCUAAAAGCAGUGCUGGACUGAAUAAUGCUUCUCCAUCUACAAGAAAAAACCCUUUUGAUGAAGGAGAAAUUCAGCUUGGAGACAAAGUGCUAGUGGUAGGGCAGAGAACUGGCACUGUUAGAUUCUAUGGGACAACAAAGUUUGCACCAGGCUUUUGGUGUGGCAUUGAACUGAAUAAACCUCACGGCAAGAAUGAUGGUUCAGUUGGAGGGGUCCAGUACUUCAGUUGUCUCCCCAGAUAUGGCAUAUUUGCCCCACCAACCAGAGUGCAGAGGUUAACAGGUUCCUUAGACUCCCUCACAGAAGUUUCAACAGGUAAAAUGAAUCAUUCUUUCCCAGGUUUUAGACGAAGUUUAAGUACAACUUCUGCAUCUUCACAGAAGGAGAUAAACAGGAGAAACUCCUUUGUCAAAUCUAGAAGCUCGAUGUUGCGGCGUAGUUGGAGCAACACCACUACGACGAACACUGAGGGACCUGUGAAACUACAUGAGGGUUCUCAGGUCCUUCUAACCAGCUCUAAUGAGAUGGGCACAAUUAGAUACAUUGGUCCUACCGACUUUGCACCAGGGAUAUGGCUAGGACUUGAACUCAGAAGUGCCAAGGGAAAGAAUGAUGGAUCUGUGGGUGACAAGCGCUACUUCACCUGUAAGACAAACCAUGGAGUCUUAGUUCGGCCUAGUAGAGUAACCUAUCGUGGGAUUAAUGGAGCAAAACUUGUGGAUGAUAUUUGUUGAACCAGAAUGCUUACAACCUGUGCAUCAAGUGCUAGUGCAAUGAUAUAUAAGCAUUAAACCACAUACAAUAACCCCAACAUCAUCUGCACGGAAUACUGACUGAAAUUUUAUCUAAACUAUUAAACCUGCUUUUUUUGGUAAUGGAUCUCUUCAGGCUCUAACCACCUCAGAAUCAUAAUAAGAAGUGGAAAUCAUAUACCCCCUCUCCUAUUUUGACACAGUCCCUGCCUGUGAGUUUCUUGUAAAAGCAUUAUGGGUUUGAUACUGUAUUAUUUGAAUCAUGUCCCACUCUGAGAAGGCCACUAUAGUUGACAUUCUUUUAAGUUGCUUUGUGAUUCAGUGUAUUUGGAAGGUUUUCUUCCAUGUACUAAUGAACUGAUACAUCAUUCUCCUGCCUUUUCAUAACUAAGGAGAUUGUUAAAUGAGUCACAUUAGUCUAUGCAGUAUUGGUCCCAGGAUAUUAGAGACAAGGGUGAGUGCCAGAAUAUAUCUUUUAUUGGACCAACUUCUGUUGGGGAGGGAGACGAGCUUUUGAGUAUGCAGAGCUUUUUUUUUUCUUCUUCUUCCCCUUCCCAGACCUGAAGAAGAGCUCUGUAUAGCUUGAAAGCUUCUCUCUCACCAACGGUAGUUGGUCCAGGGAAAAAUAUUCCUCCUCCACCUUGUUUCUCACAUUAGUCUGUUUACCAGACACUUUGUCCAUCUCCCUGUGAGCUAGUAGUAAUAAUCAGGAGAAAUUACUCUUUAAAAAAAAAAUCAGUUGUGAAACAAUUAAGUAUUUUAUCAUUCAUAAAAAACCCAUCUAAAAAAAAACCACACGAGGCUAAUGGAAAAACUGUAAUUGGAAGAAUUUGCUGCUCCCGUGCUAUGCCAGUGAACAGCAUGAAUGAAACAGAAAAAAGACUGUAAAAAGCACAAAUACACUGUUUCUGGUUUGCACUUUUCUCUGUGUGGAUUUGUAAAAAGACAGCAGCAUGCAAGAUGCACUUUUGAAAAUAUAAUGCACUUUCAUCUCUUCUCUGGAGAGCUUUCCCCCAUUGUUUGAAGAAAUUCUUUUGUUUGCUGUUGCUGCAGGCUACAAUCAUCAUCAUGUUUCAAUGCAUAUAGAUAGAACUUAGGUUCACCUCACAUAGUACUUGCAUCAAAGUCCUUUUUAUGUACUGUCUGCAGGAGGUACUAUGCAGUAUAUGUAUAUUUUUAAAGCAAACAUUAUUCAGUUUUUACUUUGUUUGCAUUUUAUAUAUUUCGUCAUUGUCCUUCAGAGCAGUUUCUUCUUUGCUACAUUUGCCAUUUAUAAAAUUCAAAAAUUGCCUAUGAAUCUUUUUAGAUAUAGCAUGGUAACACUCUUAUUUUGAUUAUUUGGCUGCAACAUGAUUUGUCUCAGCGUUUUUAGAAUUUGUUUCAUAUACAUCUUGAACAGCUAAAAUACAUAACAUGUUUAGCAUGUAUUAACUAUCUUUGUUAGUGCAAGUAUACAGGUUUCAGAAUAUCUCAAACAGUAAAAUGGUUUGACACUUCUGAAUGAGCUGUUUGUUGCAUUUCACUUAGUUGAGAAAUGUACCGCGCUUUAAAUUACAUUUGUAGUAUCCUAUUUUUAGACUGACUUUGUGCAGCUUAUACAAUGUAUUUUAAAUAUGGCUAUUUUUCCUGGACUAUUAAAAAAGGCUGCAUAUUGUAUUCUGAUCUAUGGAAGUUUUUAACUGAAGAUAAAAAUUGUAAAUUUUUGAAUGUACACAUUUUAUUAUAAACUGUCUAAAUUAUAGCUUUGUAUUUGAAGUUAGCAAGGUUCUGAACAUCUGUAUGUCCAAAUCUGUUUCUUCCAUGGUUUAUAUCUAUAGGUAUCUUUUUUUCUGUAAUUAACACAGUAUUCACCGAUCUUUGAUUUAUUAAUGCCCAUUCUUUUAAAGAUCAUUUGCUUUUGGGGGAGCAUGUCACAAAAUGAUUCUCCUUUUUUUCCUUACAAAUUAUGUAAAUAGGACAGAGAAAUGGCAACUCUAAUAUAUAAACAGGUUUUAUAUCUUUGUGCAGUUUAUCAUAUUGCUGUAUGGUAUAGAAUUGCAAGCUGCCCAACAAAGUGUAUACAUCACUUAAACUGGUCUUGUUUUUCUCUCUCUCCACCCGUUUUGGAUAGUGCAAUGUCUGUAAUAACUUUCUGGUCUCAGCAGUCUCCUAGGCCCUAGGCAUUCCUGAUUUUUAAUUCCAGAUCUGCCUAGACUCGGUAAGUGUGCUUGGGCAGGUUCUUUGUCCACUCUUUUAAUUGCAAAUGAGGAUAAUGUUCAGGUGCCAUAGUUCAUCUGUGCAAAGGCACAGCUACUCCUGGUUCCCACUGUUGGAGGGCCUUGCUUUCCUGUUCUUUGUGCCAAAAAUGAUCAGCAGGGGGAUAGUUAAUCUCUCUGUAGUGUCAAGGCUGAAGGCCGGUGAUGACAGGAAGGCUGAGAUCGAACCUGGCUCUAAUUUUUAGGCAUGUCACUUGCCCUGUUGUGCUCUAUUUCCCAGUCUACAAUCGGGGGCUGAUAUUUAACCUUUUCUAAAGCAAUAGGAAAUCUUCAGCCAAAAGCUCUCCCGUGGUAUACAAGUGUCAGUCAUGGCUCUGAUGGUAUUCCUAUAUGACCUUGAGUGAGUCAUUUAACCUCACUGUCUGAUCUUUAUCUGUUUGGGCUUGAAUAGCUUUUUUCCCACAACUUUCAGUCCUGUUGCCACUAGAAAAAAACCACCAUGAACUUUAAAACACAUUUACUUUGCUAAAUAGCCACUGCAGCUAGCCUGAAAGGAGCUUAACAUGACUUGCUCUGAUUUUUAGGUAGGAGUUGAAAUAUUAUGUGAAGUUACUUCUAAGCCUAGUGAUGACAAUAGUUCAUCCUCGGAUUACAAGCCAGGGGUGAUGUCCUGUAAAUGAACUGAUGUUGAGAUAAUGAUGGCAGAGAUUUCAAUAUAUAACCCAACAGCUGGA